AUGCGUUUUAGAGUGAUUCUAGUUGUUUUAGUUGCUUUGGUUGCAGGCUACAAUAAAAAGGACUCUUGUUAGAAUAUCUAAAAAUUUACAUAUGAUGAAUGGGAUGCGAAAUUAAUGUGCCCCAACCCUCUAGCUCCAAUUCUAGAAACUUAGAAUAUACCAAAGGCAAAAUGUAGCAGAUUUAAACCUAGUUUUGAUACUUCAAAUAGAAAGUUGAAUACUCAAGAUGUGGAAGAACUUAGAUAGAAAAUGAAAGAAAGGUAAGAAGGAAAUCUAAAAUUUGAUCACGAUCAGCAAUAUAAGCAGUAUAAAGAAUAAUAAAAUAAAUAAUAAAAAAAGGAUGAUUUAUGA